AUGCCUAAUAGCUCAGAAGUCACCCUUUCAGAGAAAACCCUCCAAGUCCAAAACACGAAGAAAACCCUCAAAAGGCACCGCACGAAGCUCGUGAAGCCUCACCGUCGUGAAGAUCAUCGCACCCCAGUCCCCACUCACCACUCAGCGCCACACCGUCGUGAAGAUCGUGAAGCUGACAUCGUCGUGAACCCUCCUACACUGAUCGUCGCGCGCCGCCCAUACCAUCGUCGAUCUCUGUGCUUCUCGUCGUCCUCUCUGUGCUUACAUCGUCGAUUAGAAACCACUUUCCGCUUGGUUUCGGUUCAGCCUUUUAUAUUAAAAUCCCAGUUGUAUAGCAGUGUAAAGGACAGAACGCAGGUGGACAGGGAAUUGGGGUCUCUAAGGAGGGACAAAGUUCUGCGUAUUUUCAAAUUAAAUACUGGACAAGAUGAUUAUGCUAUAAUGUUUUUGGAUGACUACAUAAAGCAGAUAGAUCAAGUUUUUAAAAGAAUGGAAGGAAAGAAAGAAAUGGAAUAUGAAGUUUUUGGGUGGUUCAAAAAUUAUAUUCUGGAUUCGAAGCUGGAAACUGGCAUUGAACAUUGUGCGUGAGAUUCACUAAUAAGCUUAUUUAUACCAUAUAAUAAUUCCCAGUUCUGUUUAUUACACUGUCUACUCUAUAACAAAUCCUUAUAAUAUGGCAAAUGCCUUUACUUUGGA